AACAGUUGAGGAUCAAUCAUGGCCCAACCUUUCAAUCAUUAAUCUGUGCAGCCAAGCCAUUCUCAUGCCAAAGCUUGUUCUGGGGGUCGUUGAGAAGAAAGAAAAGAAAAAACAUUUGAAAACCUCCUUGGCCAAUCGCCAUGAGACUCUACCUUCUGUUGGUGGAGUGCUAUAAAGAUAACUGGGAGUAUACAGGUGGUGAGAAUUCCAGAGCAGAACCCAGACAGUGAAACCGUUCUGUGCGUGAAGUUGAGACAGUGAAGUGAAGAGAGUGAAGACACCUGUAGACUUGCUUGCAGAGGAAGGUAAAACAAGAAAAUGGCUGUGUUGGGACUAGAGAUCCUGGGGAUGAUCCUGGCUGUCCUGGGUUGGAUAUUGAGCAUCGUGUCCUGCGCCCUGCCCAUGUGGAGGGUAUCCGCUUUCAUUGGGGUCAACAUCAUCACGGCUCAGACCAUCUGGGAGGGUAUCUGGAUGACCUGUGUGGUCCAAAGUACGGGCCAGAUGCAGUGUAAGGUAUAUGACUCCAUGCUGGCCCUCAGCUCUGACCUGCAGGCAGCCCGAGCCCUCACAGUCAUCUCCAUAGUUGUGGGAAUCAUGGGGGUGCUGGUGGCCGUGGUGGGGGCUAAGUGUACCAACUGUGUGAAGGACGAGACGGCCAAGGCCCGGGUGAUGAUCGCAGCGGGGGUAGCCUUCAUUGUAGCAUCGUUGACGCAGCUGAUCCCGGUGUCCUGGUCAGCCAACACCAUCAUCAUGGAGUUCUAUAGUCCCAUCACUCCCGAGAGUGAACAAGACAGCUUAACUACCACCAUGUCUGCAGGGUUGGAGUUAGUGGGGAUCGCUCUAUGCGUAUUAGGAUGGAUCAUUGCCAUCGUGUCCUGCACCCUGCCCAUGUGGCGAGUAACAGCCUUCAUCGGCAGCAACAUCGUCACGGCUCAGAUCAUCUGGGAGGGCCUGUGGAUGACCUGUGUUGUCCAGAGCACAGGCCAGAUGCAGUGUAAGGUCUAUGACUCUAUGCUGGCCCUCUCCCAGGACCUCCAGGCCGCCAGGGCCCUCACGGUCAUCUCCAUCCUCCUGGCCAUACUGGCCGUGCUCAUCGCCAUCGCCGGGGCCAAGUGCACCAAUUGUAUCGAGGACGAGGCAUCCAAAGCCAAAGUCAUGAUCAUCUCUGGGGUGUUCUUCAUCGUGUCGGGAGUCAUGCAGCUGAUACCAGUGUCCUGGUCAGCCAACACUAUCAUCCGGGACUUCUACAACCCGCUGCUGACUGAUGCUCAGCGCAGGGAGUUAGGGGCAGCGCUCUACAUUGGCUGGGGGGCUUCAGCCCUCAUGAUCCUCGGGGGAAGCCUCCUCUGCUGUUCCUGUCCCCCUCGGGAGAAGAGGUACAACCCCUCACGGAUGGCAUACUCUGUCUCACGCUCUGCCCCAGGUGGGCCCGGGUUCGAGAGAAAAGACUAUGUGUGAUGGGACGAUGGAUGGGACAAGGACUAUUUAUGUAGCAACCAAAAACGUUAUUCUACACGUGUUUCUAAUGGGGCUUCAUGAAUCCCAAGGAGACUCCGCAAUGAAGGGAUGUGUUUGUUUUUGCUUAUUUCACCAUUGUUUUGUUGGAUUUGUCUACGUGUGUACAGUACUUGUCUCUGUAACAUCUACUCUGAAGGAAAAGCAUAGAAGUUCCAGGGCCGGAUUGUGUAAGAAAGAAGGAUCAUAUGCUUUCCAUUUGGGUUUAGUGAGAACAAAGGAAAUUAAAAAUAAGAUCAGUAGUUUCUACAUUUCUUAAUUUAAUUACAAGGUUUUAAGCGUUGGAUUAUUAGUGAGCCAUGCAUAUCCAUUGAAAAUAUAUCAAGCUCAUUUAAAAACAUUCACAAGCCUAAUUGAAUUAAUGACAUAGCGUUUGUACUUUUAUGAUUAUUCCUGUCUAAGAUGUUAGUCAGUGAGUCCAUUCAUAUUUUAAAUCACUAACAUUUCAUUAUUUCCGUAGCUUCAGGCAUCUACGCUACAUCAAAUGAUAUAGAAUGUAGAAUAUUCAAUCAUUAUCUUCUCAUUGACAUUUCUCUGUUAUUGCCUCAUAUAAAUGACGCAUUGCUUGGGUUUCAGAAACUAAGGAAGGCUGUUAAAAAUACUACAUUUGACUGAUACCUUAAUAAAAAGACAGAGGUGGAACAAAACAAAAAUUCACUGCAAGAAUACAGUGGAUUGAACAAAAUCAGUAUGUUCACAAAUACUUUUUUAAGGAACUGUGUUUAUUUUUUAUGUAGGAUUUGAAUUUUGUGUUGGAAUAUUUUUGCAUUUUGUUUUGUAAAAGACUUUGUGAAAGAGAUGCAUUUGUUUGAUGGUGAUGUUCUAUCAUCAGUGUUAAGGGUGUGAUUGUGUGAUGUAAUCAUCUGUUUGGAUGCCAGGAAGAGUAACGACUGCCUUGGCAGCAGCUAAUGGGGAUCCUAAUAAGAUACGAAAUACUACUAACAUACAGAGUACUGUAACUGUACUGAAUGCUGUCACCUACACUCCAGAUAGAUGACAGAUGAAUUCAACACAGUGUGGAUAGUGGUGCACAGAGGGAAGGGAGAACAGGUUGGGAGCAGACGAACUGAAGGCCUCAGUGUUUUAGGGCAAUGAGGAGAAAUGGGGGCAUUGUGCACCUGUGUCCAGCCAGAACAGUGCUACAGUGUGUGUUAGUCCUGCAGUGUUAACUGCACAUCACCUGCUUUUUAAUAAAGACAGUUAUUUUAUGAA